AUGAUAAUAGGCGCUGAUGCGAAUGCUUGUCAUGUUUCAUGGGGGAGCUCGGUUACCAACGAUAGAGGUGUGAAAUUAAUGGAUUUUAUCAAUAAUAACGGCCUGAUCUGGUUGAACGAGGGAUCGACACCGACGUUUUCAAUGUCGGUGAGGGAGGAGGUGCUAGACGUGACGAUGGUAUCGAUGGAGAUUCGGUCUGCUCUCAGUAGUUGGAGAGUAUUGGAUGACCCGUCGUUGUCAGACCAUACGUUCAUCUCGUUCGUUCUGAAAGUCAGAGGCAUUCAAGCGAGUAGGAUUGUAAGUGAAAAGAAAUCGCUGAACGUGGAGCGAUUCAUGGAAAGUUUAGGAAACAAACUGACCGAUUCUCCUAGGGUGUAUGGUACCCCAGAUGAGAUUGAUGCGUACAUGGAAUUCAUUACUACGGCAAUAGUUGAGGCGGCCAGUGGGCCACUGACCCGAAAGUUGAAGGGUUAUCACAGUAAACUUCCUUGGUGGAACCUGAACUUACAACAAUUGAAUGAGAAAACUGACCUGAAACUAGACAGAGAGAUACGGAAAGCAAAAAAGAAAUCGUGGAGAGAGUUUUGCAAAGGAUUGAAUAAGAUGCAAGACAUUGCUAGGAUAAACAAGAUCUUGGAAAGGGUGGAGCAGAACAAUUUAGGGUUGUUAAAAAGGGAAAAUGGCACCCUGACCAAUAAUAUUAAGGAAACGUUGGAACUUCUUAUCUCAGAACAUUUCCCAGGAGCGAUGAAUGAUUCGAACGAAGCCCUGACAAUGGGCGCUGCGUCAGAGGACGUCCUCUCUUCACGCGGCGCCAGACCUGAUUGGAGUUUGGCGUCAAAGAUAAUAUCAGAGGAAAAAAUCAGCUGGGCGAUUGGUACGUUCCUUCCGUAUAAAACACCAGGUCCUGAUGGGAUUCUACCCAAAUACCUGAAGCCUGGCAAGACAGACUACGCUACACCUAAAGCGUUCAGACCUAUCAGUCUAACGUCGUUCCUCUUGAAGACCAUGGAGAAGCAAAUCGACAGAUAUAUCAAGGAUGAG